AUGGUUUAUUCUACUCUUGUGCUAGCCGCUGUUCUUUCGGUACUCUACUUCCAGCAGACUUCUGCAGUAACAUACUGUAACACAGUCAACAUUCCCUCUGUUACCAAAUGCUACCAAACGUACAUGGCCAGCUUCAACGUUCGUAUGAGGGAUAAAAUUCCUGAAUACUGGGUUUUCCGUAACGCACGCUCUGCAUUAUUCAAGAAAAACGGACAAUACGAAGAAAGUCUUAAUUGCCAAUUCACCAAUACUCUCUUGAACUGCCUUGAUAGUAACUUUGAAUGUAUGGGGCAAUACACUUAUACUGCUCUCGGAGCUUCUAAUAGCACAGAAGCUAUUGACUACUGGACUGAUCUUCUUAUAAAUCAGUACCAAUGUACAACGGAGGGAUAUCAGCUGAAAAUGGACAAUUUUUCCUGUUAUGAGAACUGCCGCAAAGAUCAUUCAUCUGAAAUUGAUAGUUGUCAUUCAGACCUCGCCAGGAACAUUAAGAGCGGAAUGGAACUGUGCUUAGCUUUACAAACAAAUGUCAAUUGCAACUCUGAUAUUCAGCGCAAGUGCUGUGGAUACAAUGCUUCCGUUCUCGCCUGCAACACUGAAGUGGCAGGUAGCCGAGCAUCCACUCCAGUCUGUUCCCAAAGGGGGAAUGUAUCAUGUCCAGUAGCCAACUAA